AUGGCCGGAGAGCGGCCCCCACUGCGGGGCCCUGGGCCCGGGCCCGGAGAGGCGCCGGGGGAGGGUCCUCCGGGCCCGGGGGGCGCGGGCGGAGGCCCGGGCCGGGGCCGGCCCUCCUCCUACCGGGCUCUGCGCAGCGCCGUGUCCAGCCUGGCGCGCGUGGACGACUUCCACUGCGCCGAGAAGAUCGGGGCCGGCUUCUUCUCCGAGGUCUACAAGGUCCGGCACCGACAGUCAGGGCAGGUCAUGGUGCUGAAGAUGAACAGGCUCCCCAGUAACCGGGGAAACACGCUCCGGGAGGUGCAGCUGAUGAACCGGCUCCGGCAUCCCAACAUCCUGAGGUUCAUGGGGGUCUGUGUGCACCAGGGGCAGCUGCACGCUCUCACAGAGUACAUGAAUGGGGGGACGCUGGAACAGCUGCUCAGCUCCCCUGAACCCCUGUCCUGGCCUAUCAGGCUCCACCUGGCCCUGGACAUCGCCCAUGGCCUGCGGUACCUGCAUGCCAAAGGUGUAUUCCACAGAGACCUCACAUCCAAGAACUGUCUGGUCCGACGGGGAGACCAAGGCUUCACCGCUGUUGUGGGUGACUUUGGGCUGGCUGAAAAGAUUCCUGUGUAUAGAGACGGGGCAAGGAAGGAGCCGCUGGCAGUGGUGGGCUCCCCAUAUUGGAUGGCUCCAGAGGUGCUACGGGGCGAGCUGUAUGAUGAGAAGGCUGAUGUGUUCGCCUUUGGGAUUGUCCUCUGUGAGCUCAUCGCCCGAGUCCCUGCAGACCCUGACUACCUGCCCCGGACUGAGGACUUUGGCCUGGACGUGCCAGCAUUCCGCACUCUGGUGGGGGAUGACUGCCCGCUGCCCUUCCUGCUCCUGGCCAUCCACUGCUGCAGUCUGGAACCCUGUGCCCGUGCCCCCUUCACGGAAAUCACCCAGCACCUGGAAUGGAUCCUGGAGCAGCUGCCUGAGCCUGUCCCCCUGGCCAGGGCUCCCCCAAAUCCCAGUCUGGGGUCUCUUCCAAGAGGAGGUCUCUCUGCCACGCUUCCCAGGCCAGACCCCCGGCUCUCCCGAAGCCGGUCAGACCUCUUCCUGCCCCCAUCGCCAGGAUCGCCCCCCACCUGGGGGGACAAUCUGACCCGAGUCAACCCGUUCUCACUGCGGGAAGACCUCAGGGGUGGCAAGAUCAAGCUCCUGGAUAUACCCAGCCAGCCGGUCACCCCACUCCCUCUCGUGCCACCAUCACCGCUGUCCUCCACCCACCUACCCUUGGUUACCACUCCGGAGACCCUGACUCAGCCUGGGACACCUGCUCGCCGCUGCCGCUCAUUGCCCUCCUCUCCUGAGCUCCCCCGACGCCUGGAGACAGCUCUGCCAGGUCCUGGCCCUCCCCCCAGGGGCCCCACGGCUGAAGAAGGAAUGGCGUGUGAGGGCAGCAGCCCUGAGCCAGCUCCCCCGGGACCAGCGCCCCAGCCACCCCUGGCCCUGACCACAGACAACUUCAUCAGCACUUGUUCCUCUGCCUCCCACGCCUGGUCCCCUCGAGCAGGACUUCCCCUCAACAACAACCCCCCAGCCGUGGUAGUAAACUCGCCACAAGGUUGGGCUGGGGAGCCCUGGACCAGGGCCCGGCAUAGCCUGCCCCAGGCGGCAGCCCUGGAGCGGACAGAACCCUCGCCACCGCCUCCAGCUCCCCGGGAGCCCGACGAGGGGCUGCCCUGCCCUGGCUGCUGCCUCGGCCCCUUCAGCUUUGGCUUCCUGUCCAUGUGCCCCCGCCCCACACCAGCUGUUGCCCGCUACCGCAACCUGAACUGUGAGGCAGGCAGCCUCCUCUGCCACCGCGGGCACCAUGCCAAGCCGCCCACGCCCAGUCUGCAGCUGCCUGGGGCACGCUCUUAGCAGUGGGGCCUUCGGGCUCCGGCCUGCAACAGUGGACACCCUGGGAGGACAGAGCGCAGGGGCUGGUCAGUGCUGGCCCCACACCGUACCGGGAGUCAGCAGGGACUGAGGGACAGAGCACCGCCUGCCCAGCACACUCCCACGGACAUCCCAGAACCAGACACAGGAGACGAACACACGUGCAAAUUAUUUAAAAGUAUUUCAAUAAAACUGCCUGGCUGGCUCCGGGCUGCCCCUA